AAUUGACCUCUCUCUCUCUCUCCCCAUUCAGAGAGUCAAAAAACAUGACAAGAAAGGGAAACAGUCAGUAGAAAGUAUCAGCAUAAACAGAUCCACUCUGUUUUUUUCUUUUUUAAUUUUUCUAUUGAAUUUUUGCGCUUAACAUGCUUCAAAAAUCUUGAAUCUGAUUAUCUACCUAACGAUCUUCCACUUCAUCUUCAUCACUGCAACUUUCAAUCCACAAAAAACCAGAGAAAAGCUUGUUUUAUUUUUACUGUUUUCUUGCUUCUAGUUUUCUUUUUUGUGCAUAUAUUUAUAUUUUCCUUCAUUCUCUGUGGCACAGUUUGUGGGCAGCUUCAAAUCAUUACUCCUCUCUACUUUUGUCUUAAAAAAGCUAAGCUCCUCUUUAAUUAGCGUAUGCGCACACACAUUCUCUUAAUAAUCUAAUCAGCCUUUUUGAUUUAGGGUUUCAGUGUUGCGUUCACUGGUUUAGCUGCGGUACUAUACUUGAGCCUGUCAUUUUCAUGGUGGUGUUUGGAUGGAAGGAAAAUGCGGCUUGAAGGUGAGGCAAUGUGAUGGAAAAUGAGUGUUUUGGUGGUCGUGGUGCUGUAUAGAGGGAGACAUGGGGUGCGUGUUUGGGAAAGAGGCAUCGGCGAGGCUUGCGGAGAGAGGGAGAGAGCGAGAGGGAGAUAGGAGGAAGAAGGAAGUGAAUGAUGCGGUUAGGGUUAACGCGGAGGGGGAGGUGAGGAACGGUGGCAAUAAACAAAAGGAGGGAGAGGACGGGGAGGAUGGAGGAUGUGUGAGGCCCAAGGAAAGGGAGAAAGACAGGAGGCGGUCGUCAAGGCCAAAUCCGCGUCUGAGCAAUCCGCCAAAGAACGUGCACGGCGAGCAGGUGGCUGCCGGCUGGCCCUCUUGGCUCUCCGCCGUCGCUGGUGAAGCUAUAAGUGGCUGGACGCCUCGCAGAGCAGACACCUUUGAGAAACUUGAUAAGAUUGGGCAAGGAACGUAUAGUAAUGUGUACAAAGCUAGGGAUACUUUGACAGGAAAAAUUGUUGCAUUGAAGAAGGUUCGAUUCGACAAUUUGGAGCCUGAGAGUGUUAAAUUCAUGGCCAGGGAGAUCUUGAUCUUGCGCCGCUUGGAUCAUCCUAAUGUUGUUAAAUUGGAAGGUUUGGUAACUUCAAGGAUGUCAUGUAGUUUGUACCUUGUAUUUGAAUACAUGGAGCAUGAUUUGGCAGGACUUGCUGCGAGCCCAGGAAUCAAGUUCACAGAGUCUCAGGUGAAAUGUUAUAUGCACCAGCUAUUAUCAGGGCUUGAACACUGUCACAACCGCCAUGUGCUGCAUCGUGAUAUUAAGGGGUCGAAUCUUCUUAUAGACAAUGGUGGUGUUCUUAAGAUUGCUGAUUUUGGGUUGGCUUCUUUCUUUGAUCCUAAUCACAAGCAGCCGAUGACUAGUAGGGUGGUUACCCUAUGGUAUCGGCCCCCGGAGCUUCUUCUUGGCGCUACUGAUUAUGGCGUAGGUGUGGAUCUUUGGAGUGCUGGUUGUAUCCUAGCUGAGUUAUUGGCUGGGAAGCCUAUCAUGCCAGGACGAACAGAGGUGGAACAAUUGCACAAGAUAUUCAAACUAUGUGGUUCUCCUUCUGAAGAAUAUUAAAAGUCAAAGUUGCCACAUGCAACCAUAUUUAAGCCCCAACAAUCAUACAAAAGAUGUAUAGUGGAGACUUUUAAAGAUUUCCCCCCAUCAUCGCUGCCACUAAUUGAGACUCUUCUUACAAUUGAUCCAGUUGAACGUCAAACUGCUACUGCUGCAUUGAAGAGUGAAUUCUUUACAACAAAGCCUUAUGCCUGUGAUCCCUCAAGUCUUCCAAACUAUCCUCCCAGCAAGGAGAUGGAUGCUAAGCUAAGAGAUGAAGAAGCUAGAAGGUUGAGAGCAGCUGGCAAAACUAAUGCAGAUGGGGUGAAGAAAUCCCGUCCACGCGAUCGAGCUGUGCGGGCAAUCCCUGCUCCUGAAGCCAAUGCCGAGCUUCAAGCAAAUCUAGAUAGGCGGCGACUUAUAACCCAUGCAAAUGCAAAGAGCAAGAGUGAGAAAUUUCCUCCUCCACACCAAGAUGGAACUCUGGGUUAUCCUUUGGGUUCUUCACAUCAUAUUGAUCCAGCUUUUGAUCCCCCUGAUGUACCAUUCAGUUCAACAAAUUUUUCAUAUCCCAAAGCAUCUAUCCAGACUUGGUCUGGCCCGUUGGUAGACUCAGCUGCUGUGGGUGCUCCGAGGAGAAAGAAACACACGGCAGGUGAUGAAAAAUCAUCCAAGAAGGAAUCCGAGAAAGAUAAGAGUUCUACUCGGAUCUAGCAAAAGAGAGAGCAUGUAAUAUAGCUUCUUGUUUUCUCGAUACAAUUCAUGAGGCGGCAAAAGCUGCUGAGUCGGUGGUUCUUAGUUCCGAGCCGGGAAAGCCAGUUAAAUUCCAUUGAGAGGUAAUAUACCUUGUAUUCAUUAUUCCUAUUGUUAUAUAUAUUUUUUCUUUUUGGGUAUUUUGACAAAGCUUAUCCAUUGUUGUACAUGUUUCAUUGCAUCUUCCUGUGUCGAAGAACUCUACCAAGUCAGUGAAAUUUCCGAUAAACUAGUCCUGAAAA